GGAGUGGGUACCUUGGGGCGGAGGCAAAGGCGGAGGCAGAGGCGGAGGAGCUUUGAAAGCUCCCCAAUGGCCUGGGGGUUUGUGUCGUCCCGCGCACGUCAUCCUUCGUGAGGCUCGGUCUAAGGGUCCGGUUUCCCAGCGACGGUGCGGUGCCCUUCUCUCCCCGAGGCAGAGUAGCGGACUGGCGGGCGCGCUGCGCUGGUUACCUGCGUCCCGCCAAGGAGCCAGAAGCUUAAGUGAAAAUGGUACAUGUUAGAAGACACGAAACAAGGAAAAAUUCUAAAACUCAAGAGCGGGAGCAGAAAUCUCGAGUUGAUUGGAGGCGGACUAAAAGAAGUAGUAUUUCGCAGUUAUUUGAUAGUGAUGAAGAGCUUGAUAGUGACGAAGAGCUUGACAGCGAUGAGGAGUUUGACAGCGAUGAAGAGCUUGACAGUGAGGAAGAAUGUGACAGUAACAAGGGGUUUGAUAGUAAUAAAAAGCUGGAAAAUGAAAGACGACUUAGAUUAAUUACAGUUGAAAGUGAAGGUAGUAACUGUGAGCAUAUCAUGAACACUGGCAACAGUUCAACAUAUGAAGAAGAAAAUAACAAAAACAAACAUAGAAGUACUGACUCACCAAAUCAUGAAAAGCAUUCCAGUCAAGAGGAUGAUGAUCUCAAAAAACACACUGGACAGAUAAUAGAGGAGGAUUUAGAAGAAGAACAUAUCAAGCGGGGGAAGAGAAAAAGGGUCUCCUCUGUUAUGUAUGACAGUGAUGAGAGUGACGGCAGUGAUAUCCUAGUUCCAAAAGUAGGUGUUAAACGUCCUCGUAGAGUGGUUGAAGAUGAAUGUUCGUCAGUAGAGAUGGAGCAAAAAACACCUGAAAAAACUUCAGCUGCAAGAAAGCGAGAACAAUUCCAGAAACUGAAAGAACUCUCAAAACAAAGAUCUCGUCAGAGACGCAAUAGUAGUAGAGAUUUUGAGGACUCUGAGAAGGAAUCCUGCCCAAGCAGUGACGAAAGUGAUGAUGAUGAUGAAGAAGAUGAUUAUGAAUAUGAUGAAGAUGGAGAUGACUAUAUUAUUGAUGGCUUUGUAGUUCAAGAUGAGGAGGGUGAUGAAGAGAAUAAAAGCCAGCGAGGAGAAAAAUUGACUACAUCACAACUGAAAUUAGUAAAACAGAAUUCUCUUUAUUCUUUUAGUGACCACUAUACUCACUUUGAAAGAGUUGUGAAGGCUCUUCUGAUCAAUGCUUUAGAUGAAUCUUUUCUGGGAACACUGUAUGAUGGCACCAGACAAAAAUCAUAUGCACAAGAUAUGUUGACAUCUCUUCAUUAUUUGGAUAACCGCUUUGUUCAGCCUCGUCUAGAGAGUCUAGCUUCUAGAAGUCGUUGGAAAGAGCUAUAUAAGGAACGGGUGGAAAAUUAUUCUAAUGUGAGCAUCCACAUGAAGAAGGCUGAAGACUGCUCCUGCCAGGCUUGUGGACUGCAUCGCCGCUGUCGAUACUCGGUGCAUUUGUCAGGGAAGCUGUAUAACACCAGGACCAUGGAAACAGAUGAUUUCAUGUCACAUGAUAAACAGGUGUUUACUGUUGGCAGAAUUUGUGCUAAUCGUACCAGAAUUUACCACAAACUGAAACAUUUUAAAUUCAAGCUAUACCAGGAAUGCUGCUCCAUUGCAAAGACAGAAGAAGUUGAGGAUGAACAGGUUAAAGAAACAGUGGAGAGAAUUUUCAAUCAGUCAAAAGAAAGUGGCUGGAUUAAGGAGAAAUAUGGUCAACUUCAAGAAUAUCUAAAUUGGGCGGAUUACUUUCAAGAUGAGAAGUUUGACUGAAUUGUAACACAUUUCCUUCAGAGAAGAUUUUAUAAAUUGCUGUAAAUGUGAAGAUCAUGAGUCUUGUCUCUCUGUAUCAUGUGACAUAUUUAUAAAUUUUAUGUGUAUUUUCAUGGCAAAUAUCUGGUUUAAAACAUAUGUUCAUCUUAAUAUCCAUGAAACGGCACUUUACAGUCGAAUAAAAGGUUUAUCUGCUGUACAUAGAAAACAUAAGCCUAAUAAUUUUUAAGUGUAUUUUUAAAGUUAUGAAACAAUGCCUUUAUAUCAGAUGAUUAUCACGUGAGUGAGCUGUUCAUGUCCUGUCACCUUCGUAGACAAAUACUGUAUUUUAAAAAUGAAUUUAGAUUAACAUCUAUGUGUAUUUAUUAUUGAAUCCCUGCCCAGAUCUGUUUAUUAUCCUUUCUAGUAUUAAAUGAUCUGCACUGAUAUAUUUUUCACUGCUAUCAUUGUCUAUAUCGGUGGGCCAUGGAAGAAACCCAAUGUUUUAUUCAGUUCAAUCCCCUCACCUCAGAAGCAGAGUAUCGUUUACCCAUUCCAACGAGAGGAGUGUUUUUCACCUUUUCUAAAGUUUCCUUUAGAAAUAGAUCUCAGGCCACCAGUCUUUCAACCCUCACAUUCAGGAGUAAUUUCAUGAUGUGUUUUUUCAUACUUCAUAAUGUUCUUUAUAUUUUUAUUUGAUUUUGUCUAUAUGUUAAUGAUUAAGAUGUAUUUUAUUUGUUUUUAUCCAUAACUUUUCCUACAUGUGUAUUUCUGUUAGGAUCCAAAGAUCUCAGAGAGACAAAUUCAGCCAAAAAUAGUUUGAAAGCAUAUUUUGGCAUCUGCAUUGCUUUGCACAUUUAAAUUUUUUCAUAAUUAUAAUAAAGUAAAAUGGUUUUAUAGUGAUCAAA